CGUUUCAAAAGUGAGUCGCGCUCCGUGCAGCAAGUGGUUGUUGCGUUGUUAUCCGCUGCGGAAGUAGAGAAGAAGACCGUUUGUGUUUAGAUCGUAGUUUCAGGUUGUGUUCCACCAGAAACCAUGAAGAAUUUAGAGCCACUAAGUGUUAUCACUGUGGCAUGCAUUUUCCUCGCCUGCCUCUAUCAAGCAAUGGCCAUCAAGUGUUACCAGUGUAGCAGCAGUGAGGAUCCCAAGGGCGAAGACCUAUGUGGAGCGUAUGCCUACUAUGACAAAACCAAGAAUACGGCUGUUGAGUGCUUGGGGGAAGAGGCCAAGGCACUAGGCACCUUCUGUUACAAGCGUAUCAUGCAGGGGCCUAGGGGCUUUAUCUGGGAUGGCCGGUGGAGAAGUGUGGAGCGGCGCUGUGCCCAGAUCUCGGAGCGGGGUGUCAACUGGGGUUGUGACUGGGGCUACCACGAAAAUGGCGUCUACUGGGAGGAGUGCUACUGUGCUGAAGAUAGCUGCAAUGGUGCUGACCAGCUUAAUGUCCGUUCACUGCAUGCCCUACUGGUGUUGUGCGGAAGCCUCGCAUUGCUUAGGCACCGUAAUUUCUUCUGAUUGGUUAACUACUUCAUAUGCAUUCUGUAAAAAGAAAUUUUCCAAAACUUGGUGACAUAGGCUGGAAGAUGCAUAGGAGGAGUCUUGUGGUUUUGCCUAACUCCGAACUACAUGGGUCUCAUGCAUUGUACUUUAUGCUCUUGCAUCCUGAUUCUUCUCAGUUGACACUGAAUCAUUGAAUUUCUUCCAUAAGAGACAUUUUCUUUUUGCGGUUAUGUGCAGCUAUGUACAUUUCAGCUGGUUAUUCAUGGCAACAUGUGAAAGAGCCUGUUUUAUUAAGAGGAUAUCGAACACACACCCCAUGAAGAUGAGUGUGCUGGAAGUAUAUGGCUAACGGUUUUUAGCAUUUUUGUUGGAAAUAUUUGAGUGGGCCUGAUGCUUCAAACUUGUGUGUGUGUGUGUAGUAUUAUACAUUAAGUAGUAUCACAGUUAUGAUGGACUUUGCUUGUAAAGCACAGAACUUUGUCAGAUAUGCAGUGACAUUCUGAAAAAAGAAAAAAAAAAGAUCCCUCAGCAAUUAGGGGGGAUAUUUAGUUAUUGCUUGAAGUGCAGACCUGUGAUGCUAAAUGCUUCAGACAAUUUGAAGCAUGAAGUGCACUUUUUUUCACCUCUAGAUUAAGGCUUGUAGAAAUGCUGACUGAAAAAUUUAUCAUUGUGCUGAGUUUGUUUUAUUAUAACCACUGAGUGUAACGCUCCGUCCAUUUUUUACACCUUGUUCUUUUAUUGCAAGAUGCCACAUCCCAAGAUAUUGCCAAUUUUUCUCAACUUGUGCAUCUCAUUACACAAAUACCAGUACUGUAUACCUGGUAAAGCAUUAGAGUUUAAAUGCACCAGGGCAUGUUGUGUUGUAGAGCUUGUUGUAGAAUUCCUUACCACUAAAAUGUUUGAGUUGAGCUUGUGGACAACCAAGUAUGCACAUUUUUUAUGUUGAUAUCUCUGCCCUUGUGCUGAUUGGUUUUGCUCUGCAGAAACCUUGUCUCCUAGCUAAGUUGUAAAGGGUAUGUGAACUGGAAGGCAGGCAUUUUGCCAAGUUUUUGUCUUCAAAGAUUCAAGGUAGUUCAUAUUAAUUUUAAAGCUUAAGAAGUCCAAUUCUAUAAACAAUUAUUGUCAGCUAUAUGGGAGAGUUGUGUGUUGAAUUGUUUACCUAAUUCAUAGAACAAUGUGAUUGGAAGCACAGUAUGCACUUUGACACAGUUAUCUUGGUUAGAUAAAAAUUGUAAUUUAUUUAGUGUGGUGCCAGUUCAAAAAAAAAUUUUUUUUUAUAAGGGCUGAUGCAGGGGAGUAUAAGAGCUGACUGUGGUUUGUUGCUAACAAAGAGUUUAUAACUUCGUGCUUUCCUUGAGGCUUCUCUGCGGGCCAAGAUACACUGAGUAAUACAGACAAAACUCAAUAAUUCUAACUCGAAGGGGCUUGAAAAUUUGUUCGAAUUAAAGGAAGCUAAUUGAAUGGAGGACUUACCUGCAGUGGAGCAUGUGCACUGAGCUAACACAUCAGUGGGAAGCUCCAGAGGAUUUACUCACGCGCAUUUACAAAUCACAGUCAACGUCCGAUUUUUCGGGCUCCAUAGGGGCCGCGAAGACGUCCGAAGAAUCAGACGGUCCGCAAAAAUGAAUGAAUGCCUUUUACUACCCCUGAAGGGCUCAAAUCGCCACAAGCACAUCUGAAAUAGCCCUGAAGGCCUGCCAGUACACUUAUUAGGCAUAUCGGUGCUUGUACUGUGAUAAGAGACGGCAGGGGCACGCGUGUUUAAUUAAAAGAAAUGUACCAUGCCCUGCGACAAUUGCCCCCGUCUAACUUUUGGCAUGCUGCAUGCUGUAUUGUAUACACUGCUGUAUUGGGACGAAACUCUUUCGAGAACCGGCAUUAUGCAAUGUCCCAUACUUUCCGUGCUCCAAAGCCAUUGGCAAGGAUUACAAAGACGGAGUCAAUGUCAUUGCUAACAGCGGCGAAUUGUUUAGAUGAAAACAUGGCACCGAACAGCAAGAAGCCUGGUAACGAACGUUGAAGUAGCUAGGCCUAGCGUUGCCGCAGUGUGGCUACAGCUGCCAACGGAUCUGCUGGUCGGAGGUGCUGCCGUGUGAUGAUUUGGCACGCUGCUGAGAGCAUUGUCGGAGCGCAGUAUAUUCGAAUUAACCGUCGCAAAUGCUUGGCACCUUCGAAUCACGAGUGUUUUCGCCUAUUGGAAUACAUAUAACUUUGACGGGACCACAGCGUCAGUUUGAAUAAACCAAAAGUUCGAAUUAACAAGAUUCAACUGUAGUUAUGAUUUCCAGUCGGCUUAGCUUUUUAGUGAAAGUUAUUACAAAUAUUUGCUCAAAGGUUACAAAGAAGGCUGCCUGUGAAGUUUCUUGUGAAAACACCUGUAUGCAAUGUAUGCCCACCUCUUGCUGCCUUGUGUUGGUUUUGUCAACUUAAGAUUGUCAAUUAACUUGUACCCACUGCCUUGAGGUUGUCGUGGUAACUUGCUGCAGUAAUGUGUGUCCUAUAGGACACCAAGUGAGUGAACUCUGUGUCGGCACAUCAGAGUGUAGCCUGAAUGUAAAGGUACAUUUACAAGUAUGAUAUUUUAAAACUGCAGUGACACUGCUUCUAGCUUGUCUCCAGCUCUCAUUCCGGAGUCUGAAUGCAAACCAGAGGGGACACCAAUAUGAGAAUGCAUGGAGUAUAAAAGACAAGUGACAGGUGUUUCUGUCUGAAUAAUUAAAAUAAAAUUAAAGAGAGGGCACAUAUGGGAUGCAUACACUGUUGUUUCCGGUUGUAAGCCAGAAAAGCUGGAAGAAAAAUUCAUGCACCGCCAUUUUACCCCUCAGUAUGCAAAAAGCCUUGUUCUACAGACCAUCAGUUGGGAAGAAGGUGCUGGCAGCCCUUUCGCGUGUGUGAAUAACCAGUCAAUACCAGUGUACCCUGCUACAGUGAAGUCUGAAAGACAUGGAAAAAUUCAUUGCUUUCUUUGCCUAGUUCAUUCACUAGAUUGAGGAGUGCUUUUUCAAUGCAGCGUUGAGACCCCAUAUUUUGAUAGCACACUCAAUUUUUUCUUUAUAUGCAGUGUUUGCAAAAACUUGCACACACAUUUUCCUGAAGCUUUUGCACAGGUGUUCGCAUAAAUAUUUUUACAUAAAAGUUUAUUUUGAGAGCGUUUCUGCCCAGUUGUGUUCCCCAGUAGAGUUCUAUCCGUGCAUGUUUAUCUCACGGAUAAAGUACUAUUUUGCAAGAACUAUUCCGUCCAUGAUGCCUAAGCGAGUAUGAUAGGCAGUACAUACUUCAUUAUGUCGUCCUUCCACGGCUAUGUGGAGCAGCCACAGUGCAGAAAUGAAUGACUUGUUUUUGUGAUGAUCACCUUGCUCAUCUCCUUCAUUUCCUUAAUAUGUUAGAGCCAUGAUGUUUAAAGAAAGUAAUAUUUUUUCUUUAAGUUUUUUGUUCUAAUUUAAAGGAAAUGAUACAGUAGUCAUUCAGCUGUUAUUAGAGAAUAUGCCUUUGGAGUGGUUUGAACUAGUUUACUUUUGUGUGUUUAACCAAUAUGUAGUGUUGAUGGCAGCAGCAUAAAAUAAAUUUAUUUUAACCAAUAAUGUAUGCAUAAUGAAAAAAAGUCGUAAGUUUCUUUCACUACAUGAAUAAAACCUAUGAAAUUUACUAUGCUUUGUUACAUGCUACUGGGCAGGAAUUGCAGUUUGAUAACUUAGCUAAAAGAACUCGCUUUGUUGAGUGUGAUUAGUGAAAAUGCACAAAGUGCAGCAAAUCGUAUAUGACAUUAAAUGGUACGGAAGUGCAUGAAAGGAUGGGCGCAGUACAGGGAAGUUUGCUAUACAAAAACAACUUGGCUCCUGGAGUGCUAGGCAAGAACUGAUUUAAUCCCCGCAGUGUGCAUGCCAUUGAAAUGUUGUCUUGUGCGAUUUUCUUCAUCGUCGGUGCCACCACAGGGGGCUCCUUUGGAGAAUGAGUAUUGCCAACGCACACACGCUUGGGGAUAGAAGAUAAGGAUGGGUCUUGCGCUGUUGGGCCUAUUGAGGCCGUAGCAAGACAAUUUCUGAAAAAUCAGAGGAGCAGCCACAUGAGCCUCAACAAAGGCAGGUUUCUGCCGGUCCAGGGAUACGACAGUGUCAUGACCAUUCCCACUCAGAGUUGCUCUUAUCCUGCGUGUGACAGCGUGGUGCAGACCGGUGUAUGAUGCCUUGAGAGAACAGCAGGUGGAGUUGACGUGAAAGAAUACAUGCGUGCUGUCUCGUAAGUGAUGCUGGACAAACGGCGACUUGUGUUGUUGGGCUUGGGUAGGAGGAGCACGUGGGCGCGCGAAAAGGUACACUAGUUGGCGAGCAUGAGAAGAGUUGGGUAUGUGCCUUGAUGUGGCUAUGUUAGCUCUGCUGGCAGUUGUAAGGAGGGGCCACAGACGAGGUGAGAAGGCACGCAACCAAGGUUUUCUUUGAUGGUGGUGUGCAGUUCCAGAAGUAUUAUGGGAAGAAGUGUGACCGAUUGGUCACGGCUGCUGUCAGCCAUAAAAGCGCAGCUCUGAACUGGUGAUGGAAUCACUCAACAAGGCUUUUGGGUGGUACGCUGUAGUUUUGAAGUGGCUAGAGGAGUCUUGUCAACUGCUGAAAUAGGACCACCUCGAACUGUCGGCCAUGGUUGAUUACAGUCUCAGCCGGAGUACUGAAACAGGCAACCCAUGUGGAGACAAGUGUAGUGGCAACAAGCUCUACUGUAAUGUUUGAUACUGGUGCAGCCUCCGACCAAUGCAUGGAACGGUUGACAAUUAUCAUUAUAUAUUGGAAUAUCUUUGUAGGAGGAAGAGGUCUGAAUAAGUCAAUGUGAGUGACGCCGAAACGAGAGUCUGAGAGAGUGAAUCUGGCCAUCAGCGUAGUACAGUGCCUGUACACCUUGCACUGUCAACGAGCAAGGCACACAUGCCGAGUCACGCACAUCCACAUUCAUGUAAGGCUAGACGAAAUGCUCUGCCACGAGCUGCUGUGAUGCGUGAAUCCCAGCAUGUUACAGAUGGUGAACGUGUUCAAAAAUGAGAUCACGUAGUGGCAAUGGAACUCAAGGAGGGUGGCAUCUGGUAAUCUCAUCACUGUCACAGACGAUGGAUAUGCUGGGAGUGGGGACAGUAGAUGUCAUGGAAGUGCAGUGACAGAGAAGGAGAUGAGAUGAAUGAAGAGUGCGAAGUUUCCUAUUGUGCUCUUGCAGUUCUGUGAGACGCUGAAGCAUAAGCUGGGGCAUUGCAAGGCUUGAAACGUGACUCAGUGUGUUGGCUCAGAUGUCGGUGCCUUUCACAUGUCGAGGAUCGAUAGAGAAUUCAGCAAGGAAAGCUAAAUGACACGUUCCUCUCACAGAGUACGUAGUUUUCGAUAAGGAGAAGGCGUUUGUCAAAAUCCUGUGGUCUGUGAAAAUGAUGAACGGGCAUCCUUUCAAGAAGUAAUAGAAGUACUUGACCGAAAUGUAUGCUGCAAAAAGCCCUAAGCCAAAAGCACUGUAGCACUGCACUAUUGGUAAUAAUUACUUGCAUCUAGUUUUUGGGGCAUUCGUGGGCUGAAAUGGAACACCACAGUGUUCCCCAUGCAAAUUCUGGGGCUGAUCCUUCUCAACGGCGACUCGUCGAUGCUUGCGCUGUCCACCUGCCUCCUUUCCACGUGCAAAACCUGGACCUCUGGUUCCUGCAGGCUGAGGGGAGCUCAGAGAUUGGCAAUAUCACAUCUGCGUCAAUAAUGUGGGGAAAAAUAGUGGGUAUUGUGAAGCGCUAGGCAAGAACUGAUUUAUUGCUUGCAGUGUGCGCACUGUCGAGGUGAUCUCUCAUGCUGUCCUCUUCGUCGGAGGUGCCGGCACAGCAGCGUCCCCACACACUACGUGUGGGAGGCAUCCACCUCUGGGUGGAUGCGAGAAUGGUGCUUCCUUGCUUUUGGAUGUGCGAGGCAGUUCAAACCUUACAUGCAGUCAGGAAUCGGAUAUAAAGCGCUGCAAUAGGUAGUCAACUUAAAAUAAGAACCAAAAUAUUUAUUUUUGAAUUUUUAUGCCUAUGAAAAUAUAUACAUUAAACAUAUGCUGGUUACGGCUGUGUGAAUAUCUAAAAUUUCGAAUAUGUGUCAAAUAGGCUUUGUUAUUGGACUCGUAUUCGGUUUGAGAAUUCACUAUUUGAAAUUGUUGAAUAUUAAUUUUUGUUUGAAUAUUAAGCAUAACGCUUAUUGGAGUAUCAGGGGACAGAUACCAAUACAAGUAGAAACUAUUUGAAUGAUUCCAUUGCAGGAGAGCUGUGGUUGAUUAGUGCAGAGCCACUAAUUCCUGAGCAAACACACAGGGAUAAGUGCUGCUCCACAAUUUCCUGUAAUUUACCAAGAAUGUUUCAUUUAUAGGAGCUUAGAAAUCUAGUGUCUCUAUAAGCAAAUAAUUUAUUUCCUACAAUGGCACAGCACCCCGUGUGCUGUUCCCUUAGGUCAAUACUGUCGUAAUUGUGCACCACAUAAUUGAAAGCAGCUGUUUAUCAUAUACAAGCUCCUCAGUGUACGGAUGUCAAGUUAUGAAUGCCAUUAUGUGCAUGUAUCAGAUAAUGUAUAUGAGUCUUUUUUCACCAAAUGUGACUCUACACAAACUUUAUAUCUCGGUUUGUGUAAAAAUGAGAAAAUAUUCAGUAUUUGAUUUGGAGGUCAUUUUUUCUAGUAUUCAUAUUUGAUUAGAAAAUUUUGCUAUUCGAACACCCCUAAUUCUAAUUCAUUCUGGAUUUGCUCUAAACAAACUGUUUUUUGGCUGUUGGUUCGCUUUUUGGUUUUACUUUUCUUGGACAUUCAUAUGCCUGUGCAGCAUAACCAGCUUGUAUGUUAUACUGCACAAAUGUCUCGGGUGCACAGUGCCUCACUAGUGGGCCACACCAUUUCUGUGCACCUUGAGAUUCUUUAUGCCAUGUACAACCAGCUUCCCUAGUGCAACCAACUUCCAUGCAAUUUUGUUUAUUCUUCGUAAACCUUAUGCAGAAAUAGAGCUUUUGUGCACUUGCUACCAUAGAGUUUCCUACAAUAUACUAGCUUUGCAAUCUUCAAUGCUGCUGUGAGGCUGUUGGCCAUAUUGAGGCAAUCAGCUGAGAUUGACCUUGUCUUGCUCACAAUUACUCAUCAUAGCUGCUGAUUAUGGCUUUUUUCUUCUUUUCUUUUUUGUGACGUUUGUGUGUGCACAUGUGUGAGUUGAGGAGUCACCAUUACCAGAUCUGUGGCACCUCUGACCAUAUAUUGAAUCUCAUUUAUUUCAGAAUUAUUACAGGAUGGGGUGCUCUCUUUCUCGCUAGCAUUUAUCGUGUUUGCAUCUGUUUGAAGCCAUGUUCUAAAAACAUUGUUCCUCUCAUUUCAAAGUGCAUAGUGGAGAUUGUGAAUCGCGUCUUAUGUGAGCCAACUAAUUUUUGUGUGCUCACAAUAUUCAUGCAAUGUGUUUUAGGUAUGCUGAAAAAGCCUCUGUGUAAUGUGAGCUAUCACUAUUACUGCCUUAACAAACAUGUGGCAGUUACCUAAAUCUGCUUUUUGCAUUUCCUGCUGUUUGGCUGAUGCCCGGUUACCAUGUGUUAUUUCAUAGUGAAUUUUAAGCCGAUGCCAUUGUUAUUUAAUCAUAAUAUUGUUUUUGUCCAUCCAUUUUUAUAUUUCAUGGCAAAGUUGAGUAGUAAUGCUUCUGGUGAGUGUUGGCAUGUACAAUAUUCAAGCAAGAAUUUACCAGAAUAAAUGCAACUUUUUACACUUUAAAACAA